AGCGAGCCCAUGCUGGGAAAGCUGGUGCGCUUGGAGCCAGGCCCUCUGCGCCGAUCCUGCGUCUCUGCGCUGAUGGGGCGCGGUCGGCGAGGCUGUGCAUCUCGCCGAGGGCGCCCCGAGGACUGGGAGGUGCGCUUCCGCGCCAGGUGGAGGCUCUGGCACCGCAGCCCCUGGGGUGGCGGCCUCUCGCUCGGGCCGCUGGCCUUCGCCCUGCCGCUGGCGCACCGCGCCGCCCCCCUGCCCUGGGAGCACGGCGCCCGCCCCGCCGGCUUCCCCGCCGAGGUGCGCGACGAGGAGCUCGUCGCCACGGAGCCCGGCGCUUGGGCGUACGCGCUCGCCCUGAACGGCUCCGUGGACGCCGAGCCCUCGGUGCGGCUGUCCCUGCCGCCGGGCCGCGCGGAGGAGCUCGCCUUCGCCACGGGCGGCGCCUGCCCGCUCGUGGCGCGCGUGGCCGCGGUGCGCUGGGCCGAGUGGGCCGCCCGGGGGGACGCGCCGCUGCUGACGACGGUGCUGCCGGACCUCCGGCGG